AUGAGUGCCUCACCAGCCGAGCGUACGCCUGGACGUACACCAGGGCAAACACCUAACGGUGUGCUGGGGCCGAUAAAACGUAGGCCGCAGGCAGACCCCAUGGUGCGACCUAAGGCCAGACAGAAGCCGCGUCCACAGCAGUCUGCCAACUCAUACCCUCCUUCCAAUUUGCAAGCAAACGGUAUUAGAGCCCCCGGUCCUGGACAGACACAAGCGAUGGCCCAGCAUCCUGGACGGCCAAUCCCGGCACUCUCCCGUCCGCCACCUGCGCCUAUGAACUACUCAGAAAAUGCUAGCAGCGGUUUCUCAUCUGCCCCAAGCGGAGAAUACCACGAUUUUCCUUUAGUCAUGACAAAGCGAGCUCUGAUGGAAGGCUUUAGGAACCAUGUCGCACGGUUCUCUAGCAAGAGGGAUGUUGAUCCUCGAAAUACCAAUGAGUUUGAACGUCCUGUCAGACUGCAUCGGAGGGAUCCCCGAGCACCCCCAGCGGGCGGAGGGGGUGUCAAGGGCGAGGAUCAGGCAGUCGGCGGCACGGAAGGCGUGGAUGACAAGGAAAAAGAGAGACAAGACAUCUUGAGGGCUGAGAGAGAAGCCCAGCGAGCGGCAGAUAUGGCUCUAGUGGCGCCGGCUGUCAAUACGGGGGGUGGAAAGAAGCUCAGCAAUUUCCAGAAAAAGACAGAGCAGGUCUACCGAAAUGACAAGACAGAGGCACAGAAGAAGCAGUCGCAGUUGCGUUACGAAGAAGCUCUACCAUGGCAUCUGGAGGAUUUUGACAACAAGAGCACAUGGGUGGGAAGUUACGAAGCCGCCUUGUCUGACACCUACGCCAUGAUGCACAAGGGGUCUGAUGGUAUUUUUCGAGUGGCGCCUCUGCAAAAAUGGUACAAAUUCACCCAGAAAAAUCAAUUCAAGACGUUGACAAUAGAUGAGGCGGAAACCCGCUUUAACAAGAAAGUCAAGGAGCCGCGGUGGUUUAUGGACUCGGAGCAGGCAAGACUACAGAGGCAGACUGAGCUAGAAAACAAGAAAGCCGGCAGCAAACUGUUUUUGGGCAAACGGGAGAAGGGCGGUGGAGGCAGCGGAUCAGCCGUCCCCAAAGUCAAGCAGGAGAACGCCGACGCCGACGACCUCGACUUCAUAGAAGAUCGGUUCGCAGACGACGAGGAGCACAUGGUUUUUGAAGAGGACGACGACACGAAGGAAGCCGAAGAAAGGAUCAAACGAGAUCAACUGCAGGCGAAUGUCUUUGACCUGAAGGAGGAGAAAGAGUACGAAAAGCAGGAGUUAUUGGAGAAAAAGGAAAAGGAAGCUCAGAAGAAGCUUGGGAAAAGUGUCAAGAAGGCUCUCAAGAGGCGUGAAAAGAACUAUGUCUACGAUUCUGAUUCAUCGGGCAACCCUUAUACAUCUCAGAGUGAGUCCGACGACACAGAAACUGAGCGCCGGAAGGAAGAGGAGCUUAAGAAAGAAGAAGAGCGCAAGAAAGCCGAAAACAGAAACACUCCAGAUAGGGACAAGAAAAAAUCCAAGUCUUCUGGCGCCUCUGGUACCAACACUCCAUCCGGCCGCCCCUCGAAGCACGCCGACCCUCUCAAACACUCAACCUCGGCCAACAAUCUCAAGAAGCGAGCCGGAUCGCCCCUCAAUUCAGAAGCAAGCGGCAACGAGUCCACCCGCAAGAAGCAAAAGAAGAAGCACCCUCUUACCACCGCCCAACUCUCGGCAUCCUCAACCCUUCAAGCACCCUCCCGCCCAGGAUCCCCACCCAUACUCACCGGCAAGGACCCCAAAAUCCCCGCCAAACGCCGUCACGGAUCAGGUAGCGACACGGAAGGUAACGCUGGCUCUGGCGGCGACAUGAGCGAUGGCACCCGCAAGAAAAAACUCAAGUUGACUAUGUCGAGCAAGAACGUGUCACCGCAGGGAAGCAGAGCUGGAAGUCCAGAUCUAAUCAAUGGUGCAAAGCCCGCUCAAGGCACAAGUCGUGCUGGAAGUCCUGGUCCCUCACCUCCACCACCUGCCGAAACGCAAAUGGCCCCCUUCCCAACCGGCGAAGAAGUCCGUUCCAAGAUCCCGCCCACGGGCAUCACAGUCGGCGAACUGCUCGCCUGUUUCAAAGGAGCUGUCGCGACGGCGGAGCAGAAAACACGGUUCACGGCGUUGAUGAGACAGUAUUCGAGAUUCGAUAAAACGACUAGGAAAUUGAUGCCUGUGGAUCCGUGA